UUCAAGAGUGCAGGGUGUUUAAUACUGCGCUUGUUCAUAACAAUAAUAUUAAUUUUACAUAUAUAAAUUUUCAUUACACCAGAAUUUUUUGACAUUUCGGGAAAAUUAUCGUACAUUUUUUUACAUAAUUAAUACAAUAAUAAAGUGUAGUUUUAUAUUAAAGUUUUAAUAAAAGAAAACGUGCUAUUUUUAUACAAAAUUUUAAUGAUUUUAUUCGCAUUUUAUGGAUUUUUUGUUUACAUUUGUGUUUGUUCACAUUUUGCCUGAUUUUAGUUGUUUUUAUUGUAUACAUAUUGUGAAAGAAAAAUGUAUAAAAUUGAAGAAGCAUAUAAAAAAGAGCAAGCAAAGAAUAAAAUAAGCAGAGAGUGAGAGUAACAAAAUAAUAAAAAUACAACAAAAAUUUAUAACAAAAAAAUAUUUAUAAAGAUAAAUAAAAUCCAAAAAAAUAUUAACGUAAAUAAAACUGUGAUUGUUUUUCUUAAGUGAAAUUAAUUUUUAUAAUAAUAAUAAAAAAACAAGUGCCAAUUAUUUUUGUAUUAAAAGAAAAUAAACAAAAUUAAAAUUUAUUAUUAGUUGCCAAUUUAAUAAUAAGCAGAAAAAUACGAACAAUUUAUUAAAAGGCAACCUGACAAAAUGGCGUGUUUACACUUACGGUCAAAGACAAGAGGAAACAACAAAAUACAGCUGCAUUGGCGGCUGUCAUUAACAAUGUUAAUAAUGCUCUCAACAUUGGGCGGCUGCUGGGGCCAUCUGAAUUUGUAUCUUAAUUCUCAGGAAGUAAUGCGUUUAUUAGGUGUUUCCGCUGAAGUUUAUUACGUACGUGAUGGCCACAUUAAUAACUAUGCCUUAAAUUUUAUUGUGCCUGUGCCGGCCAAUGUGCGUGACAUAAGUUUCACUUGGCAAAGUCAAGCCGGCCGACCUCUGCCCUACAGCAUUAAUGUGGUGACCUCUGAUCAGGCGGUGUUGCCGCGUCCCACCAUGAAUAUUUCCCAAAUAGGCGAAAUACCAAUUAAAGUCCAGACUUUCUCCAUAGGUCUUAAGUGUUCUGGUAUACGGGCCGCAGAAGUGGAUAUAACCAUCUCCAUAGAAGUGAUAUUGAAUAGAGCGUUAAAUAAUGUAACACAUUUGGUGUUUAGAAGAAAAAAGAUAUGUUUGUUGGCUGAAGAAGAAGAAACGGAUUUGGAUGAUCCUUUGCUGUUGGAAACGGUAGUGCCACCACCUACUGGUUUUAUAACUUUGGUAGUAGGCUGUGUUUUGGCUUUAGCUUUGGUGUUAAUACUGCUUUUGGCGGCAUAUUGCGUGCGUGGCUCGACAAAGCGUCAAAAUCAUGGCGGCGGCCAACCCAUGAGAACUUCCAGUUUCCAAAGACUCAAUACCAAUCCUCCCUGCCAAACGGCUUCCUAUAUAACACCCUCUAUUAUAGCACCCAUACACACCACUCUACCACGUAAAAUCGAACCCCAACAUCCCGAGGAGUUACAUCGCCGCAUUUCAGAAUUGACUGUGGAACGUUGCCGUGUCCGUUUGUCGAGUUUGUUGCAAGAAGGCACAUUCGGUCGUGUUUAUCGUGGCAGCUACAAUGACAGUCAGGAUGUUUUAGUCAAAACUGUAGCUCAACAUGCCAGCCAAAUGCAAGUGUCUUUAUUGCUGCAAGAGGGCAUGUCUUUGUAUGGAGCUUCUCAUCCUGGUAUUUUGUCUGUGUUGGGUGUUUCAAUUGAGGAUCAUACCACACCAUUUGUUCUGUAUCCUGCCAUGAAUAAUACAAGAAAUUUAAAACAGUUUUUAUUGGAUCCCUCGUGUGCACGCACCAUCACCACCAUCCAAAUCGUAAUGAUGUCUUCCCAUUUGUCCACUGCCUUAAGUCAUUUGCACAGUCAUGGGGUGGUGCACAAGGAUAUAGCGACAAGAAAUUGUGUUAUUGACGAUCAACUGCGCGUUAAAUUAUCCGACAGUUCUCUAUCGCGAGAUUUAUUCCCAGGUGACUACAAUUGUUUGGGUGAUAGUGAAAAUCGUCCAGUUAAAUGGAUGUCAUUGGAAGCACUACAGCAUAAGCAAUUUGCAGAAGCCAGUGAUUCCUGGGCCUUUGGUGUGCUAAUGUGGGAAUUAUGCACAUCAGCCAAGCAGCCGUAUGCCGAAGUGGAUCCCUUCGAAAUGGAACAUUAUCUCAGAGAUGGCUAUAGACUGGCGCAGCCAUUCAAUUGUCCCGAUGAGCUAUUCACCAUUAUGGCUUACUGUUGGGCACUCUUACCAGCCGAACGUCCAUCAUUUUUACAAUUACACGCCUGCCUCUCUGAAUUUUAUGCUCAAAUUACACGUUAUGUGUAGUUCCAUCGUCCUACCAUCCAUAACAUCCCCUCCUAACCCCAUCAAAUGGACAAGUAAACUUUCCAUUCUCGCAUCUAUUAAUUAAGUUAAGUGAAAAAACAUUCUCCUAUAAAUAUAAAAAUCAUUGUUGUUGUUUUAAUAUUACAAAUAUAGUAUAUUGUAUAAAAAUUAUAAAUAUUAUUUAAUAAAAUAAUUAAGUAAUACCUAGUAAUAGUAAUAAUAAUAUUAAUAAUCAGUUGUUUAUAUUGCCAAAAUUAUAUUUUAAGUUUUAAAAUCAAGUACCACUUAAAAAACAUUAAACAAACCAACAAAUAAAUAAAUAAUAUACAAAUGUAAUAUAGUAAUAAGAGGAAAUAAAACAAUUUUUCGACAAAAUAUGCAAAUUUUAA